AUGGAAAUGGCAACACUGCAUGGGUACCAAAACAGAAUGAUACAGCUCCAUCAUUCACAGUCGAUCUUCUAUCAACCUACAUAAUAACAGCUAUCCUUGUACAAGGUGGUGGGAUAACCUCAGGAUCAUAUGUCAAAACUUUAACUGCUCAGAUGAGUCCUGAUGGUGCAGUUUAUAGAAGAUACCUGGAUGAUAACGACACUCCAUAUUAUUUGCCUGCAAAUGAUAAUGAUUUUGAGAUUAAAAAAAUUGGGUUACCAGAACCAAUUCAAACAAGGUUCUUGCGCCUCAAAAUAGAGGAUUUUGAAGGAAAAGAGCCCAGCUUUAGAUUUGAAUUAAUUGGAUGCCCUGCAAAGGUUCAAACAACAACUAUGACAACAGGUCAACCAUCAAUUGUGACUACAGCUCAAACGACAGCUGUGACUACAGCCAAACCAUCAGCUGUUUCAACAGCUCAACCACCAGCUGUAACAACAGGUCAACCAUCAGUUGUGACAACAGCUCGACCACCAACUGUAACAACAGGUCAACCAUCAAUUGUAACCACAGGCAAACCAUCAGUUGUAACAACAGGUCAACCAUCAGGUGUUACAACAGCUCAACCAACAGUUGUAACAACAGUUGUACCAUCAGUUGUAACCACAGGAAAACCAUCAGUUGUAACAACAGCUCAACCAACAGCUAUGACUACAGGUCAACCAUCAGUUGUGACAACAGCUCAACCACCAGCUGUAACAACAGGUCAAACAUCAGUUGUAACAACAUCACCCCAAACAGCUAUGACUACAGGUCAGCCAUCAGUUGUUACAACUCAACCACCAGCUGUAACAACAAGUGUACCAUCAGUUGUGGAAACAGCUCAACCAACAGCUCUGACAACAGGUCAACCAUCAAUUGUGAAAACAGCUCAACCAACAGCAUUAACAACAGGUCAACCAUCAGUUGUUACAACAGCUCAACCACCAGCCAUAACAACAGGUGUACUGUCAGUUGUAACCACAGGGAAACCAUCAGUUGUAACAACAUCUCAACCAACAGUUAUAACAACAGGUCAACCAUCAGUUGUAACGACAGAACCCCAAACAGCUGUGACUACAGGUCAACCAUCAGUUGUUACAACAGCUCAACCACCAGCUGUAACAACAGGUGUACCAUCAGUUGUUAAAACAGCUCAACCAACAGCUAUGACAACAGGUCAACCAUCAGUUGUAACCACAGGAAACCCACCAGUUGUAACAACAGCACAACCAACAGCUAUGACGACAGGUCAACCAUCGGUUGUUACAACCGCUCAACCACCAGCUGUAACAACAGGUGUACCAUCAGUUGUGAAAACAGCUCAACCAACAGCUAUGACAACAGGUCAACCAUCAGUUGUAACCACUGGAAAACCAUCAGUUGUGAAAACAGCUCAACCAACAGCUAUGACAACAGGUCAACCAUCAGCUGUAACGACAGCUCAACAAACAGCUUUGACUACUGGUCAACCACCAGCUGUAACAACAGGUCCACCAUCAGUUGUGACAACAACUCAACUACCAGCUGUAACAACAGGUGUGCCAUCAGUUGUAACCACAGGAAAACCAUCAGUUGUAACAACAGCUCAACCAACAGCUAUAACAACAGGUCAACCAUCAGUUGUAACGACAGCUCAACAAACAGCUAUAACAACAGGUCAACCAUCAGUUGUGACAACAGCUCAACCACCAGUUGUAACAACAGGUGUACCAUCAGUUGUGGAAACAGCUCAACCAACAGCUAUGACAACAGGUCAGCCAUCAGUAGUAACCACAGGAAAACCAUCAGUUAUAACAACAGCUCAACCAACAGCUAUGACAACAGGUCAAUUAUCUGUUGUAACCACAGGCAAGCCAACAGCUAUAACAACAGGUCAGCCAUCAGUUGUAACAACAGCACACCAAACAGCUAUAACAACAGGUCAACCAUCAGUUGUGACAACAGCUCAACCACCAGCUAUAACAACAGGUGUGCCAUUAGUUGUAACCACAGGAAAACCAUCAGUUGUAACAACAGCUCAACCAACAGCUAUAACAACAGGUCAACCAUCAGUUGUAACGACAGCUCAACAAACAGCUAUAACAACAGGUCAACCAUCAGUUGUGACAACAGCUCAACCACCAGCUGUAACAACAGGUGUGCCAUCAGUUGUAACCACAGGAAAACCAUCAGUUGUAACAACAGCUCAACCAACAGCUAUAACAACAGGUCAACCAUCAGUUGUAACAACAGCUCAACAAACAGCUAUAACAACAGGUCAACCAUCAGUUGUGACAACAGCUCAACCACCAGCUGUAACAACAAAUCAACCGUCAGUUGUUACAACAGCUCAACCACCAUUUGUAACGACAGGUGUACCAUCAGUUGUGGAAACAGCUCAACCAACAGCUAUGACAACAGGUCAACCAUCUGUUGUAACCACAGGCAAGCCAACAGCUAUAACAACAGGUCAACCGUCAGUUGUAACAACAGCACACCAAACAACUAUAACAACAGGUCAGCCAUCAGUUGUGACAACAGCUCACCCAACUGCUAUUACUACAGGCCAACAAACAGUUGUAACAACAGGUCAUCCAUCUGUUGUGACUACUGCUUUACCUACAGUCAUGACAACAGGUCUGCUAUCUGUUGGAACAACAUCCCAACCACCAGUAGUAACCACACUGUUCAAGAUGACAACAUCUGCAAAAUGUUUUAGUGGUGAAUUUACAUGUAGCACCAAUAACCAAUGCGUUCCUGGACGUGUUGUAUGUGACCAGUCAUGCGAUUGUCAAGACUGCUCUGAUGAAGAUAUGUGUGGUUCUACAACUACUCGAAAAAAUGUUAAUGCUGAGGGGACAACCGCUGAAGGGACAACUGCUUUUGAAUCAACAACCAGUAUGAGAAGAUAUACAACAGUUCCUACAACUGUCAUCAUUCACCCAAAUGUUACUACAUUACCUUACACAAGUCAGCAAAGAACUAGUGUUUAUGUACCAACAACAACUAUAUUAUUACCAACAACUACCGGGGGCCCUGGAUCAACAAUUUUACAAACCACAGGUUUAGCAACAUCGGUCUCAACAACAUCCAAUACCUUACAUACCACUAUUGGCCAAAAAACAACCGUUGGUCAACAACCAACGACUGGUCAACAAAUAAUCACUGAACAACAAACAGCAGCUGGUGAACCAGUUACUACUGGUCAAACCACUAGUGUUCAACCAACCACUAGUCAAGAAAAGACUACCUUUCAAACAUUCACCGAAGGCCAAUCAACAUCUAUCAAUGUUCAAACUACUGGUCAACAAAUUAUCACUGGCGAAGCAAUCACCACUGGUCAACAACUGACCAGUGGCCAAGCAAUCAUCACUGGUCAACAACUGACCACAGGUCAUCAAGCAACCACUGGUCUACCAACAAUCACUGGUCUACCAACCACAGCCGGUUUACCAACGAUCACUGGUCAACCAACCACCAUUGGUCUAUCAACCACAGCCGGUUUACCAACGAUCACUGGCCAACCAACAACCACUGGUCUACCAGCAACAACUGGUCUACUAACCACCACUCAUGAGAUAACCUCUGCAGAACCACAAACUACCACAGUUAUCACAACUAAUUUAAAAACAACAACAAUUUCUGUGACAACACACAAGCCAACAGCUACUGUACCCACCACACCUUGCCAGUUCGCAGAGUGGGGCUUGUGGAGUAAUUGCAGCGUCGCAUGUGGUACCGGAAACCGUACUAGGUCACGUAGCUUCCUCAACCAGGCAGACUGCCAAGUUACAGACGAUAACUAUGAGACAGAAUUUUGUAAUGACAAAGCUUGCCCAACUGAUGGAAACUGGACGCCAUGGGGUAGAUGGUCCGACUGCUCUGCCACCUGUAAUGGCGGUUCAUCAUUCCGCUAUCGCAACUGUACCAACCCACCACCCAAAAACAAUGGACGUUAUUGUGAUGGAGAUCCAAUUGAGCAGAUAGUAUGCAAUUCAACUCCGUGUGAAGAAAAAUGUGAGAACGGUAAAGUUUAUGACAGCAAUUGUACAAGCUGCCCUUACUUCUGUUCUGAUCUGCAAGUCGGCAGUCGCUGCGCUGAGCAAGUAUGCGAGCCAGGGUGUCGUUGCCCCGAUGGAUUUUUGGAGCAAGAUGGACAUUGUGUUGAGCAAUCUCGGUGUGACUGCUUGGAUGAAAAUGGCCUAAGUUAUCCAGCAGGCUUCAUUUACAGUGAUGAAUGCGUGAACUGCACAUGUACCGAUGGUUAUCUAAUGUGUGAUGAGUUGGAUUGUGCUGUUGAUUGUGGCUGGAGUACUUGGUCGGAGUGGACUGACUGCACAGCUGACUGUGGCAUUGGACAAACGACUCGAUUCAGGUCUCCAAAUAAUCCUCCACCUGCAAAUGGUGGAGCUGAAUGUGAAGGUGAAGAAGCUGAAAGUAAGAAAUGCGACUCCGGUGUUGAGUGCCCAACCCAUUGUGAAUAUAAUGGAAGAAUCUAUGAAGACGGUGAGAAGGUUACCGAAGAUCUCUGCAAUGAAUGUAUCUGUAAGUCUACUGAGCUAGUUUGUACCAACAACACCUGUGAUGGGGCGUGGUCGCCGUGGUCACCAUGGUCCUGCUGCAAUGCCACCUGCGAUGGUGGAAAACGUCUACGUAGCCGCUCUUGUUCCAUGCCAUACCCAAGCAAUGGUGGAAUGCCUUGCAGCUCAGAUAUGGAGACAGAACUGGAAGAUUGCAACACCGAACCAUGUCCUGUACAUGGUAAUUGGUGUGAGUGGAGUGAUUGGACUGAAUGCAGUGAAGAUUGUGAUGGUGGUAGCAAGACCCGAUCACGUGAAUGUGAAUGUGAGGUACCACAGUUCGGAGGUCAGGAGUGUCCUGGAGGAGCUGACGCCAGUACUGAAUCUAUUAGCUGCAACAACUUGGCUUGUCCAGUUGAUUGUGUGUUUUCCGAAUGGAGCAAUUGGUCAGAGUGUCCAAGAACAUGUGGUAGUUCCACACAAGUACGCGAACGGUCACACAUUGGUCCUUUCAACGGCGGCAGCGAAUGCGUCGGUGAAACACGAGAUAUGCAGCAGUGUAAUCUGUUUGCAUGUGAUAGUUGUGACAGCCCAUUUGAGACUGUUUCAUGUGCAUCACCAUGCGAAAGGUCUUGCUUGGCCAGACAAAACUCAACCAUUGUAUGUAGUGAUACUGAUGUAUGCCGAGUGGGAUGCCAAUGCCCUGAUGGUUUGUUUGAAAGUAACGGUGACUGUGUGCAAGAAUGUCCUUGUAUAUAUCACGAUCCAAACACAGAUGAGACCAUCGAGCUAUCUCCAGGAGUUGAGAUCACAAACGACUGCAAUACAUGUACAUGUUCUGAUGGUCUAUUGAUGUGUUCCGAGGAUACCUGUGAUGGUAAGAUCAUUGGCCAAUGGAGCGAAUGGGGAUCAUGGUCAUCUUGUUUGGGACUGUGUGGUGAAGACGCUACACGUGCUCGCUACCGUUCUUGUAACAACCCUCUGCCUAGUCCAUCUUUUGAAGAUGGUGGCAGUGGCUGUGGAGGAGUUAUGGAAGAUGUGGAACAUGAAGAAUGUGAUGACCUGCCACCCUGUCCAAUUGAUUGUGGAUACACCCUGUGGUCUGAUUGGGGAGCCUGUAGUGCUCCAUGUAGUGGUGGAACUCAUACACGGUCACGUACUAGCGGAAAUCCUCCAGCAUCGAAUGGUGGCAGGUACUGCACUGAAGACCUCUCACAGACACAGGCAUGCAACGUCGAAGCUUGCCCAGGAGAGAAGUGUGAAGACAUUGGUCGAGUAUAUAGUGAAUGUGCCAAUGCAUGUGAGCGAGAAUGUUCGGAUCGGCAUAACUUUGUUACUUGCAUCGAAGAAGCCUGCAAACCUGGAUGCCGAUGCCCAGAGGGUCAGUUACUUCAAGAUGACCAGUGCGUUCCUAUUAUGGAUUGUCGAUGUGAUUUGCCAGAUGAGUAUACGAAGCAGCAGACUUCGACAAAAGCACCGUCUUCUAGUCUUGGGUUGGGUUUCCCUAUUGGUAGUGGACCAAACGGAGCAUUCAUGCCAAAUGAUACUGUAUCUUUCGAGUGUAAUGAGUGCACAUGCUUAGGGGGCCACUUUGAAUGCACUGGCAUACCAUGUCCAUACUUUGGGCAGUGGAGUGAAUGGACCGCCUGCACAUUAGAAUGCAAUGGAGGAGUACAUGAACGUACCCGAACGUGUUUCAACGAAGCCGGCGAUGAUUACGAUUGUGAAGGACCUACAACAGAAGAAAAGCCUUGCAAUGAAAACCCUUGUCCACAGGAUUGUGUAUACUCUGAAUGGGGUGACUGGAGCAAUUGUAGCGCUUUGUGUGAUGGUGGUAUAUCAUCACGUAUCCGAAUCAUUAACAUACCGAGUGCCAAUGGUGGAGAUGAGUGUUCUGAUGUCACCACUCAACGCCAAAACUGCAAUGUUGACCCAUGUUCAGACGAAUGUCCUGCUGGUAUGGUAAAAGACGACUGUGCCAACCGCUGCCCAAGCACCUGUUCCGAUCUCCAUGAUGAUUCAAGCUGCAGUUUGGAUGAAUGUUUACCUGGUUGUCACUGUCCAGGUGAUAUGGUUCUUCAAGAUGGAAUCUGUGUCACUCCUGACAGUUGUCGCUGCAUAGUCGACAUCUCUGUAUUUGGUGAAAAUCUGCCAGAUAUUCCAGAUGAUGUCACACCAGUUGAACUUCCAAACGAUCUUCUUGAAUUCCCACCAGGAGUGGUUUUACAAAAGCAAUGUAACACUUGUACUUGUGAUGGCGGUUCCUUUAAAUGUACUGAAGCUGACUGUAGAGUUGAUUGUGGCCUAAGUGAAUGGUCCGAAUGGAGUGAAUGUUCACGAACAUGUGGUAAAGGCAUCAGGACCCAUACACGAACUGCCAACAAUCCAUCAGCCCAGUACGGAGGCUUGGAAUGUGAAGGUGAACUCGUUGAGACUGAAGAAUGUGAUGAUGCUCCGUGUCUGUGUGGUGAAAAUGAAGUAUGGACCAACCAGGCAACCACAUGUGUGCCAACAUGCGCCACAAUGCAUGACGUAAUUGAAGUGAUGAUCGAGGAGCCGUUCCAGGCAUGCAUGUGCUCCCCAGGUUAUUACCGAAAUCAGGAUGGUGUCUGCGUCUUACCGACACAGUGCGAAUGCUUGGAUGAGGCUGGGAAUGUCUAUGAAGCUGGCUCAUUGACACCUUCUGAGGACAAAUGUGAGACGUGUUUAUGUGUCAAUGGACGUGAAGAAUGUACUUCUAACUGCCCAGAACCACCAGUUUGUGAAAGGGGUUUCACAUUAGUUGAAGAGCCAGGCCAGUGCUGUCCUGUAUGUCGCGAGGUCCAUGAACCAGGUACUUGUAAAAUGAUUGAACAAGUUAUAAACGUCACUAACGAACAAGGGUGUGUUGCCCCCGAUGUUCCAGUGACAAUGUGUGAUGGGCGCUGUAAGUCCAGCACAACCAUCUUACUUCAUGAACCCUACAUUCAGUACAACUGCAAGUGUUGUCGUGGCACGUAUGGCGGGGAAGGCGAGACCAAUGCUUACGACCGCAUCACGUUAACAUGCCCUGAUGGAUCAACCACGCAUGCGAUCAUCGCUCGUAUCUCUAAGUGUGAAUGUACCGAGGGGUGUGGCAAUGAAUAACGAUGUUCAAAAGAUUUUGCCACAGACAGACGAGAUAUGAACCUGCCGUUUUUCUGUAGUUCGACUAGUUCAGCUGCUAAGGACCAAAAAGAAGAUUGAUGACCUUUGAAUUAUGGAUUAUUCGCUAAAGUAGUAAUUUAUUUAAUGAUGUAGAUUGAUAUAUUCUAGAUUUUUAUGAAUGUAGGCGUAUUUCUGAAUCUAUGUCAAUCAAUCAAUAAAUUAUUUAAUUAAAGUUCUCAUGCAAUAUGAAA